AUGUAUAGGCUAAUCACAGGGAUUCCAGGGCCAAGUGGAUUUGGAUCUGCUUCAACUGCUGAGCAAGUUACUCAAGGGAUUGAUGCUUCCAAUUUGACUGCCAUAAUUACAGGUGGAGCAAGUGGAAUUGGCCUUGAGACAGCAAAAGUAUUAGCUCUAAGAAAUGCUCAUGUCAUUAUUGCAGCAAGAAAUUUAGAGGGUGCAAAUGAAGCAAAACGAACGAUUCUCAACGACAAAGCUAAUGCCCGAGUCGAUGUCUUGAAGCUCGACCUUGCCUCGUUCGACUCAAUAUCUAAUUUUGCCGAUAACUUCCUUGCUCUCGAUUUUCCUCUCAACAUCUUAAUAAACAAUGCCGGUAUCAUGUUUUGUCCUUUUCAACUCUCGCAAGAUGGCAUCGAGAUGCAAUUUGCGACUAAUCAUCUUGGCCACUUCUACUUGACAAACCUACUGCUCGACAAGAUGAAGGACACGGCGAAAUCUACGGGCAUCGAGGGUAGAAUCGUAAAUUUGUCAUCGGUAGCACAUCUUCAUACGUACGAAGAAGGGAUCAAAUUUGAUCAGAUUAAUGAUGAAUGCAGUUAUGAUGAUAAAAAAGCAUAUGGGCAGUCCAAACUGGCCAAUCUAUUGCAUGCCAAUGAACUUUCACGGCGCCUGCAGAAGGAAGGAGUUAAUAUUACGGUGAACUCGGUGCAUCCAGGGCUUAUAAACACGGAUCUUUUUCGAUAUUCUGGAUUUCUAGUUAAGAUCUUGAGGCUUGCCACUUGGUUACUGUGGAAAAACAUCCCUCAGGGGGCAGCCACGACGUGCUAUGCUGCUCUGCACCCGAGCUUGAAAGGCGAAACAGGAAAGUAUUUUGUAGACUGCAACGAAUUCAAGCUUAGCAGAUUCGCGAGAAACGAGGAUUUGGCCAAGAGGCUCUGGGAUUUUAGCUGCAGCUUGGUUCAUGCAGCUAAAAGAAAGUGA